GCCACACCGAGCGACGGCGAACGGGGGGUGUGGUGGGGGUGGGCGGUGGACGUACCGAGGGGGGGAAAACAGCUCCAGUUCAACCGGCGCCUCACACCAAAAACGUCAAACGGAGGACCGGAACCGAACCCUUUGACGCUUCCGUCGUCGUAGUUUGGGCCCCGCUCAUGCAGUCUGACCAUGGAUGGCACUCACAAUGGGGUUCAGGUCGGAGAGAACAAGUUCAUCAGCAAGGCAACCAUCCUCUCGCAUCUGAAAACGUACAACCUUUACCAUGAAGGACAGAAUCUGCAGCUCAGGCACAGAGAGGAAGAGGGGGAGCUGAUCGUCGAGGGCCUGUUGAAUAUCUUUUGGGGCCUGCGGCGACCAAUCAGGCUUCAGAUGCAGGACGACCACGAGCGCAUCCGACCGCCUCCCUCCUCCACAUCCUGGCACUCGGGUUGCAUUCUGGACAGUCAGGGUUCCCCAAACAGCACAGACGGUCAACAGAAGCCACACGUGACUCCGCCCACUAUGGAGGUGACGCCGCCUGACAACCGAUCGGAAGACAACGGCGUGAUGGAGCACGCGGAAGAGGACAGCGAGAACUCAGCUCAGCUCCUCAGAACCAAGAGUGACGCCGGGGUCCUAAGGCGGGCCCACCGCCGCUCCCCCAGCGACCAGAGGAAGAUCCGACGCCAUCGCUUCUCCAUCAAUGGACACUUCUACAACCACAAGACAGCCGUGUUCACGCCUGCUUUCGGCUCGGUGACCAACGUUCGCAUCAACAGCUGCAUGACGACGCCGCAGGUGCUGAGAGUUCUCCUCAACAAGUUUAAGAUUGAAAACAGUCCGGAUGAUUUUGCACUCUACCUCGCCCAUGCCAGUGGAGAGCGAGUGAAGCUGAAGCGCAGUGACUUCCCUCUGGUUUUGAGAGUUAUGCAGGGUCCGUGUGAGCAGGUGUGCAAACUGUUCCUCAUGGAGGAGGACUUGGGAGAAGAAGUCACAUAUGAUGUGGCGCAGUAUAUCAAGUUUGAAAUGCCCGUGCUGCAGAGCUUCAUCACCAAGCUGAAGGAGGAGGAGGACAGAGAGGUGCAGAAGCUGAGGAGAAGGUACAACGUCCUGCGCUGCAUCAUAGAGAAGCAGCUCGGCUGUCUCCCCGAGGGCCCCGCAUGUAUGUGAAUGUCAAAGUGUCGGGCGACGACAAGCUCCAAAAACGAGAAGAAGACACGCAGCGAGGACGCCAUCUCGCUGCGUCUGCUUUGGAUCGUGGAGACGGUUUGUUACGUUGUGUGUGGACAUUUCACAACACAAUGUGACUCAGGGAAGCUGACAAACUCUUUAUCAUCGGGCAGUGAUUGGCCAGCCAUCCAUUUUUUUUUUAUAGCUUAUUGUCCGUGGAGCCUAUCCUAGCGGACUUUGUGUGAGAGGCAGGACGCACCCUCGAGAACCUUCAGAGAACCUAACAUGUAUGUUUUUGGAAUGUGGGAGGAAGCCAAAGUACCUGAAGAAAAUGACACAAGCCCAAAGGGAACAUACACAAGUAGGCCCUGAGCCGAUAUUCAAACCCAGGGCCUGUUGACUGCGACCCAGACAUGUUAACCACUAAUCCACGCUGAUUGUCUCAAGCCCGUUUGUAGCACAAGCAUCGUGUCACGCUGUCAGUCAAGUGCCUGCUAAAUACUCACCAAGCACAAACAAACCACUAGGAUUAUAUUUCCUCCACAUAAAAAUCAGAUGAUGAGCACAAAGGUAAAAAAGCUUCCUCUUUUCCCACAAUGCACCGGGCGGCUUUUUGUCCCCUACUGCAGGUGGACGAGUGGUUCUUCCUCAACUCACAGGUACUCCUAAUUCAUCUUUGUGUGAAAUAACAUACGCAAUCAUUCAACGAAAUGAAAAAAUAGGAAUGUCAUGUUGACAUGUUGAAAGCACAACAAAAGACUCUGGAGCUGUUAUUUUUAAGCCUGGUGCACAACACAAGACCGCUUGUGUCUGCUUGUUGUGCGAUCCACACAGCUUACAUGCACACUCAGAGCCCAAGUGGAAGUAGGUCAGUAAAAGUGUUGAGCGGCACACAGACAGACAGACAGAAGGCCAGACGGCAUCAUGUUGUGUCGCGCUUGUCUGUUAUUAAAUAAUAUUUGCCGACUGCAACACCGUUAAGCCGCUUCAAGGUGUCCACUACACUCGCUGCCAACACAGGGCAUAUUUUAGUGAGCUUGUAGAUUUGUAUUGUUUUUACCUUUAGUGUACUGUGUAGUUCUUACAGUUCAUGCAAAUGUCUGAAUGUCAUUUUGAGAAUGUGCAUGCUUUAUGUUACAGACUUCUUUUGAUUGCUUCUUUUUUUUGGGGGGGGUGGGGGGGGUGGGGGAUGACUUCUUAAUUAAAGCUAAUGAGAUAUUUUAGUCCUUCACAUGUGAACAACUCAUGAUGAUGUGAAAAUGUAGGGCUGGGGUGGUUGAAUAAUGAUUGUAAUUUAAUUAAAAAGAGUUUUGAAAAAAGAUAGAUUGUGUCCAGUUCAAAAAAAGAAGUGUGUCAUCCAUCCAUCCAUCCAUUUUCUACAGAACAGUGGUUCCCAAACUUUUUACAAGUGCAGUCUAAAAAAAACUUCUUAGCUCCCCAAGUACCACCAUCAUGACCAACAUUAAAAUACAGUAAGGCAACAAUUUGACAGGAUUCUUGAUAAUGUAAAUGAUCAGUGGGCCGAAUGAAAGAACGAGGAAGGCCGCACAAGGCACGCUGGUCACACUUUGCCCACACCUGAUCUAAAGGUACUCAAACUGACUGGAAUAUCCCAUUAGUCGAGACCGCAACUCAUCGGACAAUUAGAGCAUUAAAUCCAAAUGAGACCAGUAGGUGUUAGGCUUACUGUCAGUGGUGCAGCAGAUUACCAACCACUCCGCCAGCCAAUGACAGCCAGGAGAGGCAUGAUCCCCUCGACGUGACCGUCUGAAGGCUUCUGGAAGAGGGAAAAGCCGGAGGCGCUUCACCUGAGGAACUUUGAUUUCUUCCCGAAAGACCAACCAGGUUAAACAAUCAUGUCCAUGCUACAACAAGGCCCCCUGACAGUGGCCAUGUGUGUGCUGCUCUUAGCCACACUGACCCCCACCUCGGAGGCCCGACGCGGCGGAGGCUUCAGGGGGGGUUGGGGCGGCAGCAGGCCAGCCUACAGGCCGGCCCCUCCCAGAAGCAACGGACCCAGUGCGGGUAAAGUAGCCGGCGCUGCGGCGGCGGGAGCCAUCGGAGGAGCCAUGCUGGGGUCCGCUCUGAGCCGCCCCGGGUACGGCUACGGCGGAGGGUACGGGGGAUACGGAGGGUACGGGGGCUACGGGGGAGGCUACGGCUACCCGCGGUACGGCGGUGGCUACGGACCCAGGCCUGCGUAUGAGCCGGAGGGCUCCGGAGAUAUGGAGUACUACACCGGCGCGUCCAGCGGCCCCAUCUACAACAGCAUCAUCGUUGUGAUCGGCUCCCUGCUCUCUCUGCUGCUCAUCAUGUGAAGACACGCUGAGGGUAGCUAGCAAAAGUAGCACCUGCAACACCACCCUCCAAAAAUUACAAGCUACGGCUUUACUGGACCUCGUCUGCACCGAAACCCGUCGAGGACAGCGAGUUGGCGCAAGAAGUAGUGUGCACCGAGAGUCUGUUCGCACUGAUGGGCACGACAGCGGUAGACUAAAUGUAACUUGCAACCUAAACAAUCAGGGAACUGAAAAAUGCAGACGUCAUCGAGGGCUAGAGGAGGAAGUUUAAAUCGGAUUGGUUAAAAUUACAAUGAUUCAAAGUUAAAAUGAUUGUUAAAGAAACAUUCUCAUGGUGAAAAUAGUUUACCUUUGAACUUUCAGCACUAUUGAUUCUGCUGGUACUGGGCUGAUUACAUGGACGUGGCAGCACAUAGACGCUGGAAUCCGAUAUCUAACGUCCACAUAACGUACUGGCAGUAGUGCAGCCAAGAGAAAUGCUACAAAAUGAAGAGAAUAACGUGGGGAAGGAAUGAAUAGAAUCCCAUGAAUGAAAUAUUAGAAUUGACGAUGUCGACAUAGAUCAGUGCUUCUGUUAAGUGUUGCGGGCAGCGACAGCAUCUAUGUUGUUGUUAUAUUAUAACCUGCUAAUUUGACGACAUCAAAGUUCUGCUUUCACUAUCGUGAUAUUGCUUACUGUCAGACAGGCACUCCAAUCAAUCACAGUUAAUCGUGCGGAUCUAUUCGAUUGUCUAGGGGUACCUAAUGAAAUGUCUGUUGUGUGGAAAUGCAGUCAUUGAAUAUGAAAUUGUGUAAGGAUCCUGAGUAGAUCUCAGGGAAGUCACAUGAGGACCAAAUAGUGCUCAUGACUAAUACAGUUUUGGUUCAGCCAAUCAGUACAAUGCUUGUUUGUAAUAAAUCUUUAUGAGAUCAACAUUUUUUUUGGAGACUGUUAUGAUGACACAUGUGCUUUACUAUUGUAUAUUGUUCCUUAAUUAAAUACAAAUUACAAUAAAUAAAGACAGUUUGACCGCGCAGUGUUUUAUUUGUUGUCACAGUGGUUUUUGUCUUAGUGAACUAUUCCAUCAUUGGACAAACGGUAUUAGAUGAAGUCAACAUGAGAAAAAGUACGUAAGUGGUACCGUCGGUGGUCGAGCAGAUUGCUGCUCACCUCAACUCUAACGAGCUGGUUCGACAUCAACCUGUGGUGAGAGGAACAUCAAAUAUGAAAUGAGAUUGCACGCAAGAACUUUACUAAAUGAUUAUUUUUGUGGUCUCGGUUGCUCGAUCAAACCAUAUUUUAUUUAUUAUGCGGAGAUCAAUUGGACAAACAGAGUCAAGGUGUUCUAUUUCAUCAUCAAACAAAUAGAAUAUGAAGUCAACAUGAGAAGACGUAUUUAAGCGUUGCUGCCAGUGGUACAGCACAUCACUGCUCACUUCAACAACAAAGAACUGAUUCAAUUUCAACCUGUGGCAGGGAAAGGUAAGCAGAAUACCAAAAAAAAAAAAACACACACAAAUAUGUGUCCAGUGGUAUAUUCUAUCAUGCUGAGAUCUGUUCCUAAUAUUUUGUCCUCCCAGGUGAACCAAUCACGUCCAGACUGCUGAAGGUCACCCUGACGAUGGUCGUGUGUGUGCUCAUUUUAGCCACACGGACGGCCAUUGCCGAGGCCCACGAAUGCCGUCAUCUGGCUUCAUCCGGGCCCGUUUCGAGACACUUUGGCCGGUUAGUCUGCAUGUGAGCGUCUGGGCGUGAGUUGCGGCUGACAACAGUUCUUUGCGAGUGUUCUCGAUUUUUGUGCGUCUGACUGUUUGUCCCAUUCAAUAAAAGCGGCUGUCACUCUCCUUUCAUUACAGUACUUGAAUGGAUCCAUUUUUUUCCCACCCCACUCAAGCAACUAAGUAUAAAUACAAUACAACAGUGGGCAGCAUACAGCAUGUCCACAAAACUACAUUGCAUAAACCAAGGAAGAGCAUCAAGAUGACAUUUUCAAGAUAAAGAGAUCAUUGAACAAACGGAGUCAGGCGCUCUCUUCCGUCAUCAGACAAACAAUGUUAAGUCAACAUGUGAAGAAGUAUUUAAGUGCUACCGUCAGCGGCACGGCAGAUUACUACAACACAAACCUGUUGCUUCAGCUUCAACCUGUGGAACGAAAAGGUUAACCUACCAUGUCCAGGCUGCUGAAGGUGACGUUGACGGUGGCCGUGUGUGCGCUCAUCUUAGCCACACUGACGACCAGUGCAGAGGCCCACCGCAGACGUCCCUCUGUCCAUCCACCGCGGGGCAUCAGACCCAAUCCGCGACACUCACCGCAGCAAUACGUGCAAGGCCGAGACAUUCAAAGAAAGCAGUCAACUGGGGAUGAAUGAUGAAAUACUUCAGAACAAAAAGAGACCAAGUUGCAACAGUACAAAUAAAAUGUCUGGCAAUGUAAAGGCUCCCAUACAUGACAAAUAAAAUGAAUAAACUCAAGUGUAAAAUUA